AUGGCAGCAUAUUCAGGCAGUCUUUUGGUGUCCACUUGCCUCAGAGGGACAGCAGGUAGCGAAGAUGAUGUGGCGGUACCAUCGGCGCCACUGCGCGGGAAAUUGGAGAGCGUGAGCAUACCUCAGGCGCUGCGGAAGCGUGUGGAGGACGCCGUGGAGUCCCUGGGUGGGCGUGUGACAGUGGGAGACGUAGCAGCUCGCGCUGGGGUGUCUUUGGAAGAUACAGAAAGGACCCUCAAUGCCCUGGCAGCAGACAGCCAGGGAGUGCUGCAGGUCUCAGAGGCUGGAGAUGUUCUGUAUGUGUUGCCUCAGAACUUCAAAAGCAUUAUCCAGGGCAGAUCAGUGCUACUGAAGCUUGAGCCUGCACUAGCCAGAGCCAAGUCAGCGGCAGGGUAUGCUGUGCGCGUCAGCUUUGGCACUGCGCUCGUGGCAUCUAUUGUGCUGGUGUCACUCACCGUCAUUGCUAUUCUGACAGCAGCCAGCAGCAGUGACAGAGACGAUCGCCGGAGCAGCAGCUACGGCUACGGCAGGUCACCAUUCUCGACAUUCAUCAAUGUCAGUGAUCUCUUUUUCUACUGGGAUCCUUACUACAGCCGCAGACGCGCAGUCUACCGCCAGAAUCCCGGGGAAAUGAAUUUUUUCGAGUCAGUAUUUUCAUUUGUCUUUGGUGAUGGCGAUCCCAACCUGGUCCACGACGAGCAGCGCUGGAAAAUGGUGGGGCAGCUCAUUCAGAGCAAGGGAGGCGUCGUGACAGCAGAGCAGCUUGCUCCCUUCAUGGACUUGUCACCUGAUGAUCUGGAGAAGAUAGACGGCUACACAAAUGAGAGCUACAUGGUGCCAGCCCUGGUGAGAUUCAACGGCCAUCCGGAGGUGAGCCAGAGUGGGGAGCUGCUGUACGUCUUCCCAUCCCUGCAGCGCACAGCAAGGACACAGAGGACGGUGGGCCCACCGGCAAAGGAUGCUGCUCUGGAGCGCCGAUGGAAUUUCACCAACGCGUCGGAGGGACAGCGGCUGGGCGCGAUUGCACUGGGGGUGGCCAACUGCGUGGGCGUGCUCUACCUGGGCAGCCUGCUGGCACAGCCUGGUGUCAGCCAGAUGCUGGCGCAGAGCUCCCUGGGCUUCAUGAACAAUCUCUUCCCCUUCCUGCAGGCGUACGCGGCUUCAUUCUUUGCAAUUCCAGCCGUCCGCUGGUUCUUCAACAGGCGGAGGAACAAUGCGAUCGAGGCACGCAACCAGGCGCGCCUUGACGCGCUCGGGAAGCUGAGCUCUCCAUCCCUGAGAGCCAAGAUUGCUGCGGCUGGCAAGCUGGCAGAGCGGGUGGUCAUCCAGGACCGAGACCUCAUCUACAGUUCUGACAGGGAUCUGGCGGCGCAGCAGACGGACACAGAAGGCAGAUAUUUUGACGAGCGCCUGCGCGAGCGGGAGAGCGCCAGGAAAGUGGCGGCAGAACGCUCAUCCAUGGAGUUCGAGCGCACCCGGCAGUAUGAAACGGACUACUGACAGUAAGCUGCCUUGACCAAAACCGCAGCUGAAUCCCAGGCAGGCGUGUUAUGGGUUCUGAACGCCCUGCAGCGGGCACAAGCAGACAAGAACCAGCUUCACCUGCAAUUUCCUGCUUCUAUUGGAUUGACUUCUUUGCAAGUGCUGGGCCUGUACUUCCCAUUGAAUGAUUGGAAUUCUAGUUUAGACAAGCCAAAUUUUGCAUUGACAACAGCUAUGAACAUGAAGUCUCUGAGGCUCUGCCAUCGAUGGUUUAUUAAAGAAUCCAGCCCAAUCUACACUCUCUCUCGCUAUAUAGGGCCCCAGAUAUGAGCUGAUUCUUUGCGGGCUUAAUCACGCCGGUGUGCAUCGUGCAUGGCCAAUUCUUAUCACAUGUUCACAGUAUCACUGUGCCGGUGACCGGUGCAGUUACUGACUUGGUGCUUAUUAACUUGGUGAUUUCUAGACUGCUGUAAUCUGAAGGUAUCCGGGCCCAGGCCUGGCUGCCCUGCCAGGAAC